AUGACAGCUGGAAAGGAUUGCUUGAAGGUGUAUAUUGACAGGGUCUGGGACACAUCCUCGCCUCGUUCAUGGGCGCACAACCAGCUGGCCUGGUACAUCGUCUCCCGGCAGCACAUCGACAUGCGGCCACACGACCUCUUCCUGGCACCAGUGGACGACGCAGAGAGCUUCCUGGCGGCUGCGUGGACAUCCCGCAUGGACCUCCGCGACCACCCUGACCACCCCUACACCUCCCUACGGCAACUGCUGAGAGGAGAAACACGACUGGAGCUGACACCCGACCUGAGCGCCAUUCGCCUAAACUUCAGUAAGCUGCUGCAGCAGGAUCAACAGCAGUAUCACCAGCAAACGCCGCCGCAACAGCAGCAGCAGCUGCAGGCCGGAGGGCCGUCUGCGAGUGGACGGGAGCAUCAUGGAAACGGACACGACACGGCGACCGCUGCUGCUGCUGCUGCUGCUGCUGGCCGCGGCGGCGAUGACGACGGCGGCGCCAUGGAGUGGGGCGAGUACGGCGGCGAGGAUGGCGCCUACGGCAACAGUGAAGCGGCGAUUGACAUCGCAGCCGACGUCGCAGCCGCGAUGGCGGCGAUGCAACGGGCGUCGUUUGCAAACGGGCUGGGGGGCAGCGGCCGCCACGGGGAUGCAGGCAACGGCGUUGGCAACCGCGACGCCGAGGAAUAUUAUGAAGAGGCGGAGGAGUGCGGCGACGGCGGUGAAGGGUACGGCGAAGAUGAUGACAGGGAGACGACCCGCGGUCGUGGAUUCCGUGGGGGUGGAGGUGGAGCCGCUGCUGCCGGCGGCUCCCGCUACGCCAAUGGCGGCGGCGGCGGCGCCGCCGCCGCCGCUGCCUCCAAUAACCAACCUGUAUUGCCGUUGCGACCCGACCUGCUACAGAUAUACAUCCGGGCUGUCUUCGCCGCGUCCGGCUCUCCUCAUGACCAUCUGAUGGCGGUGGUGGCGCUGGCGCUGGCCGACGCUGGUCGCGGGGGCAGUGCGGGACACGGCGGCAAUCGCGGCCUGCCAUUUCCUGGCGCCAUCGCGCCCGACACCCACCGCUUCCGUCUGCCACUGCAUCGUUUAGUCACGCAUGUACGGGAGACGGCGCCGCACUUGCUGCCGCCGCCGCCGCCGCCACAUCAUAGCGGCGGCAACGGUGGAGGCGGAUGGCUCGCGGGGGCGCUGUCACAGCGGCUGCAGGAGCGGUCCAGUCGGGGGUGUUUCAAGGUGCUGCUACCGGGCGGAGGCGCCGGCACGGGUACGACGGGUACGACAGCGACUUGGGGCGGCGAGGGAGGCCAUGGGUACGGCGGCGGAGGCGAUGACGUCGAGGCGGCGGUGGUCUCACUGGAUUUGGACGUCCUGCGGGAGCGAGUGGUGGAGGCGUUGGCGGCAGCAGCAGCGGUGGUCUUCUCAGGUAGCCGCCCCGUAGAUGAGAUCCGUCGUACGGCUGCCGUACACCUCGCCUCACGCACCCGGCCCUUUGCGGGACGCGCGCACUGCGUGCGGCUCAUUACGUUGGCGCGCACUCUGGGGGGCGAGCUGCCGCCGGAGGUGUUUGACCCGAACCGGCUUGGCGGUUUUGAGCGGUUGGUGGGCUCGGAGAGCUCGAAUAACGUCAUGCACGUGUUCCGGAAGGCCAUGCCCGGCCUGUCCCCGGGGCACGGGGAGGAGGUGGGUCCCUUUAUAACCCUCAAUUUGGGGAAGCUGCUGGCGGGUGCGGGUGUUCGAGAUUUGGAUAGCAUCAUGACGGGCGGGCGUAGCGGCCGCGGCGAAGGGGGUGGCAGCGGGGCGUCAUGGGCAGGGCGCGGCGGCGGCGGCGGCGGCGUGCCGGAGGCGGCUCCGCCAUCGCCUGCAACCGCGGCGUCGUCAUCGCGGACGGCGGCCUUUGCCGCGGCUUCUUCUGCCGCCUCACAUAGCGGCGGAAGUCGCGAUCCAGCCCAGCCAGCGCCGCAGGCACAGACCCAGGGGUCGGGUCAUGCAGGUAUCGGUGGCAGUAGCAGCAGCCACAACAGUUUACCGCCACCGCCGUCAGACGCAGCGCUGCGGCAGGCUGUGGAAUCCCUGUUUUCACUUUCAGAAAGCGGGCGCGCCGCGGGUGCCGGUGCAGGCAGCACCGAGUACGCGUUGGCGGCGGCGGCGGCGAAGCGCACGGCGGCGUUGAGCCUAGUGAAGGCAUUACACAGCCAGCAAGGAGGUUUCCUUCCGCUCACUCGCCUCAGCGAUAUCGUGAUCAAUGCAGUGCCGGGCUCACCCGAUUUGGAGCGCUUGCUGGCGGCGGAUCCAGAUCUCUUUGAAAUUCAGGAGGCCUGGUAUGGGGGUCCACGCAGCGUACGACUUCGCGCCUCAGGAGUCAUGGCCAGGGCUGCCGCAGCUGCCACCACAGCGUCAGGCGCCGGUGACGCCACCGCCGCCACGGCCGUGGCCAACGGUGGCAGCAGUCACAGCAGCCACACCGCUGGCACAUCCACAGCCGCUGCUGGCACUUCCGACGCCCUGCCCCGCCGGCCAAACACCAUGAACUGCCCCUACUACAUGCGCUACGGAACGUGUGGGUAUGGCGGGUCUUGCAAGUACAACCACCCGCCGCUGACUCCGGGGCAGCCUCCGGAACAACAACCAGCUCCUGCGGCGGCAGCGGCAGCAGCGGCGGCGGCGGCGGCGGCGGCAGCAGCGGUGCACGGCGCCGGGGUUCAGCGGACCCCGUCUACAGCAGCGGCGGCGUCCUAUCGUCACCCGCAGCGGCAAGAGCAGGCGCAGGCGCAGAACCAACACCACCAAGCGGCGGUUCCGACGGCGGUUGCCGGUCAAGAGGCCGGCAGCGGCGGCGGCGGCGGCGGCGGAGCCGCCGCCGCUCCGCGGCUGUCUCUCUCCACCCCUGAGGUCAAGGUUGUUACCACCGCCUGCACCCCCGACCACCUGGACAUGCUGCAGCAUUGCUACGCAGCGCCGCAGGUGGCAGUGGCCUGUAAGGUCCAUCGCGCCGCCUACAAUCACCACCAUCACCACCAGCCCCAUCACAACCACCACCACCACCCUAUGAGUGCGAGCUCCUCGGCUGUGGAAGUGGGCCAGGUGUGUCUGGUGCAGCUGUACGCGCCCGCCGUGGCGGCGGCGACGGGAGCCGUCGCUGCCGGCUCUGGCGGAGCCGCUGGUGCGACCCGUGGGUCGCCCGGAUCUGUGGGCGCGGCCGUGGGUGGUAGCGCUGGGGCUGGCGGCGGCGGUGGCUCUUCUAUGUCUCCGGCUCCACGAUGGCCCGCCACUGUGUACCUGGUGGAUCCGGCGGCGGGCGAGGAUAAGAAGGGGUUGCUGCUGCCCAGUCUAAGUCCGUUACUGGAGGUUGUGCCGUACAUGCCUCGCAUCGCACCGCUGUACGACAUUAGUGUAUUGCACGCGCUGAUCGCUCGGGCGCCGCAUGCGAUGUUGGGGGCCCCGGCUGCGGCGGCGGCGGCGGGUGGGGGAGGUCCUGGGGAGGCGGCGGCGGUGGCGGUGCCGCCCCUGGCGAGCUUGCUGCAGCAGCAUGGCGUCGUGACUGCGGCCGGCGCCGCGGCGGCGACGGUGGCACCGGCCCACUCCCCUCUAUGGGCCACCCGCCCUCUGGGUGCCGAGUUACGGCAGCAGGCCGUACUGGAGGUGGUGCACCUGGCUACACUGUGGACGGGCCUGAUCGCCCGACUGCUGGCGCUACCGCAGGAGCUCAGCCAGACGAGAGCGGACCGCCUGCUCUCGGAGCACUCGGUGGCGGCGGGGGCUGCUGCCGCACCUACCGCUGGUGCCGCUGCUGCUGCUGCUGCCAGUACCGCUGGGCGGAUGCGCUCAGGCACCGCUCCUGUGGGUGUGGCUGCGGCGGUGCCGGCGGGCCCUGUCGUCCCCGCACCCGCCACGGCCGCAGGAGCGGCGGCUGCAGCACAGCAUCGGAGCACUGCGGGCAUGCACCGCGGCGGCGGUUGGUGA